AGAAAUGCAGUUUGAUGUUCAAAUUCCCUUGUUCGUGGUAGUUUUACGCAAAAACAUCUUGUCAUCUUUUAAUCUGUAAAGGGGCAAACUGGAAAGAUGUUUAAGGUUUUGAUACAGAGACCGUUUUUCUCAACCAUCACCUCUUGACUACAUUGAGGGAUUAUUAAGAAGAAUACUGCACAGAUGUUUUCCACUUCGACGCCAGUGAGAAAAACUUAAGGAGCAUUUGGAGCAGAAGAAUAUGAAUGUGCCAUAAACACCUGUACAAAGGUGCAUUUUGCAAAUGGUGAGAUUAAAUCCAAUUAACGGUUAGGACGCCAUAACCGGUGUGAGACUGAGAAAGACUGAGGUAUCAUGGACUCCUGGAUCCUGCCAUCAUCCCCUCCGAACCUGUCAGAGAACCUUAUGUAUGACAGCUUCAUGCAGGGCAAUGAGUCUGGCCUUCAUUGGAACUACACAGACCACAGCUUCAACAAAACCAGUACAGUGGUCAUUACCUGCAUGUACUUUUUGGUUUGCACUGUGGGGCUCUGUGGGAAUGCUCUAGUCAUCUAUGUCAUACUGCGCUACGCCAAGAUGAAGACAGUAACCAACAUCUACAUCCUUAACCUGGCCGUGGCUGAUGUGCUCUUCAUGCUGGGCCUACCAUUCAUUGCCAUCCAGCUGGCACUAGUCCACUGGCCUUUUGGUCCUGUGCUCUGCAGAGUAGUGAUGACAGUCGACUCCCUGAACCAGUUCACUUCUAUCUUUUGCCUGAUGGUCAUGAGCAUUGACCGCUACCUGGCUGUGGUGCAUCCAAUCAAGUCCACAAAGUGGCGGAAGCCUCGCAUGGCCAAGACCAUCAAUUUAGCAGUGUGGGGGGUAUCACUGAUGGUUAAUCUGCCCAUCGUCAUCUACAGCGGCAUCAUCACAAAGCACGACGUCUGCUUCUGCAGCAUCGUGUGGCCUGAGCCUCAAGAGGCCUACUACACAGCGUUCAUGUUCUACACAUUCAUCCUGGGCUUCUUCCUGCCCCUCAUGGUCAUCUGCCUUUGCUACUUGUUCAUCAUCAUCAAGGUGAAGUCAUCAGGCAUUCGUGUGGGCUCUUCCAAGAGGAAGCGCUCAGAGAGGAAGGUGACUCGGAUGGUGUCCAUUGUGGUGGCAGUAUUUGUCUUCUGCUGGCUGCCUUUCUAUGUGUUUAACGUCACCUCGGUGACCGGCACCAUCAGCACCACUCCCAUCCUGAGAAGCACUUUUGCUUUUGUGGUGGUGCUAGGAUACGCCAACAGCUGUGCCAACCCCAUCCUCUAUGCCUUCCUGUCAGAGAACUUUAAGAAGAGUUUCCAGAAUGUUCUCUGUCUUAAAAAGGUGGGAGGGCUGGAUGAGGUUGAACACAGCGAUAGCCACCAGGAUAAAUCCCGCAUGAUGAAUGACCCUACAGAGACGCAAAGUACUCUGCUGAAUGGUGACCUGCAGACCAGCAUCUGAGAGGAAGGUGACGGGCCUUGCCUGCACACACAAGGAGACAGACGUUUUCUGAAACUGGAAACAGCCAGCUCUUAUCAAUCACAGCAGAGAGGAAGUUAUUAAAUAUUUAACAAGGACUUUACAGAGGAACAUGUCACUUAUUAAAGGGGAUAAAGCACCAACAGAAAUUAAAAAUUCAAAAGAUGUUGGAUUCCUCUAUCUAUCUUUGACAUUUUGUCGGGUUUCCCCGGCUGUAAACAAAUCCUUUAUAACACACGUCUGCUCUGUUCUGUAAAUGAAGUGAAAAUUAAAUGUGUCUUCACUGUAUUGACACUGAGGUAAGCUAGAGCACAUGAGUGCCCACUUAUUAAUGGUUCCUUGGGUGACAUGAAUUUCCCCUCAGAGACACAGAAGGCCAGGGCCAAGUUACAUUUUUUUGUGUUUUUGUGUAAAAACAUAACAUGACAACAUAACAGAAUGCUUAUAUGCUGUAAAACAACAUACUGUUGAUAGAAUUGACAACCUCAUCACUGUACAUAUCUAUUUUGCAGGUUAUUUUCUCUGGAGAGUGGUUCGACUGUAAAUAACUGUACAGAACACA